GUUAUCAAAUAAGAUGGGCAAUUGACCAGAGUGGUGCUGCAAGGUAGAUCAGGUUGAGGUAAUUUCAAGGAAUAAUAUUCCAAAAUUUUCCAAAACUUCCUAUUGAGUGGAAGAAGACCACAUUUUUUAUGAGAAAUUUAAGGACAGGAACAGGAAGUUAAUGCAGCCUAAAUAUUGGAAUUUAAUUAGGGCGAAGUUGUCAGUGGAGGUGAAGAACGUUCAUAAGAGAUUGAUGAUGUAUGAGUAUUAUCAGAGGAAUUGAAGGGAGAGAGGGAGGAUGUGAUGUUUUACCAAGCUGAUCAGUUUUGGGAAUUCAGGAUCUUUUCUGACAACUGGAGGGAGUAAGAAUCAAAUUGAGUUGCCACUUAAACAUGGGUAUUAUAUGGGAGAAAUUAAUGUAGACAAGAGCUCCUUUGAAGGUAAAGGAGCUGCUCUUUUUCAGACAGGAAGUCUGUAUGAGGGCACUUUUCUUGAUAAUUUGCCUCACGGACAAGGCAGAAUUAUCUACCCAGAAGGAAGUUAUUAUAAAGGACAGUGGCAGAAUGGUAAGAGACACGGAAAUGGAGAGUUCAGGUCAUCUAAUGGUGUUACUUACAUCGGUCAAUGGUAUAAAGAUUAUAAGCAAGGGAUGGGGCAUGAGUUCUUCCCUGAUGGCUCUUAUUACAAAGGGGAAUUCAAGAUGAACAAAUACGAAGGUAAGGCAGAGAUUCUCUAUCCAAACGGAGAUAAAUAUUUUGGAGAAUUUAAAGGAAACAAUCAUAAUGGGGAAGGCAUUCUCUAUCUAGCAAAUGGAGCAAGCUAUGAAGGAAUGUUCAGAGACAACUCAAUCCAUGGCUAUGGCACGUAUAAAUAUGACAGAGAAGGAAAUAAGGUAUAUAAAGGUAGUUUCAAAAAUGGUGCUAUGGAUGGAAAAGGAGUUAUAAAAUCUACUUCUGGAGAUACACUUUAUGGAACAUGGAAGAAUGGCAAAAAGCAUGGAAAAUUCAAGUAUGAAUCUCCCACUCUUGUUACAAAAUAUUGAGAGUAUGAGAACGGUAAGGUGUCUCCGAUGGUCCAAUCAAGUGAUAUUCAAACCAAAGAGGAUACUCCUCAAAGAGGUUUGUAGAGUAGAAGAAAGAUGAAGUAGUAGAUAGCUCAUUUUAUGUUUUUAUUUAAUGUGUUUAAGUAAAAUUA